GUUGUCAUCACUGUGAUAUUACAGCAAUUGCCGCCAUGGCUCAUGGCUCACCCUCCCCAUGGCUGUGGACCGGGAACCUUUAUAAAGUCCACAGGCACAGCUUCCCGGCCAGUCUCCCGCGCUGUGAGGCCGUCAGCAUGAGGAUCUCUUACCUGGUCUUUGGGUUGCUGCUCCUGUGCCUGGUGCCUGCUCCAGGAAACGGAGGGAUCAUAAGCACAGUGCAGAGGUACUUUUGCAAAGUGAGGAGUGGCCGCUGCGCCUUGGUGAGCUGCCUCCCCAAGGAGGAGCACAUAGGCAGCUGCUCGAUCAGCGGCCGGAAGUGCUGCCGGAGGAGGAAGUGAAGGUCCCGGACUCAUGGAGAAUGUCAUGUGCUAAGAUGCCUGUGUGGAGUUUAUAAAAGCAAAAUAACAGUAAAUAUUUUUUCA